AUGACACCUCUACGUUGUGCAAACGCGCCUUCCAUGGCAGGCUCGUUCCUUCGCAUCGCCAGUCGGUCCUGUUCCACGUCGGCUACCGCAGCAGCACCGCAAGCUUCGGCGACUCCCCUCGAAUUCCUCGUCCCCAGACAUGCCCUUCGAACCACCAACUCGUCCUUCGCAUGGAGGAACAAUCUCUGCCGUCCUGCUGACAUGUCCCGGCGGUCCGGCGUGACAAUACAAAGGGCGCCGAGGCGCGCCUUCACGGCCUCAUCAUCCCGCCGGGCGACUGUCUGCGUCCAGCAUCCCGUCGAAGAUGAGGAUGGAAAUACCAUGAUGAUGGAGAUAACUCCCCGCGCCGCCAAGCGUCUGGCCGACAUCAUGGCCAAGGAUAAAAACCCCAACCUGGCCCUGCGCAUUCAGGUCGAGAGCGGCGGCUGCCACGGCUUCCAGUACCUCAUGAGCCUCAUCACCAUUCCCGACAAGGACUCGGCGGAAUUUUCCAAAAUCAUCAAAGAAGACGAUACCAUCUUCCAGUUUGCCCCUGAUGAGGCGGACGGCCAGUCGCCACUUCUCCACUCGCCAAAAGUUGUCCUCGACGAGCCUUCGCUGGAGUUGCUGAAGGGCAGCAAGGUUGACUUCACCAUGGAACUGAUUGGGUCGCAGUUCAAGAUCACCGACAACCCUUAUGCAUCCAGCAGCUGUGGCUGCGGCACCAGCUUCGAUAUCAAGAUGUAG